AAUAAACCUAAAAAGAAAUAAACAUAUUUAGUAUAUAUUCUGAAGACCGUGUGAACUUUAAUUCGAAACUAAAUAUCAAGAGAAGGUGUUUUCUUUGGUCCAGAGUAUCCUGUCCACUCGGCGAACGGUAUUAUUCGCGUAAGAACAAUUCGAUCGUGAUUCAGAGUGGAGAGCGUGGGCGUGCUGUGGAUAAUCGGCUCGAGAAGGGACGGAGGGCCGGCUGGAUCUCAAAGUGAAAGUCCUGGAUCAACAUUUAGUCGCGCCGCGACCACGGACUUGAGCAGAUUCUAUUAACGUUCCGUUUCCAAGCUUUCUCGUUCAUCGUAACUGUUUCCCGUAAGUUUCGUGUGAAAAUGAACAGAGUACGGUGCAGUGGUGAACACGUGACCAAUUUGGAUUAAAGAUCUACAGUGAUCUAUGCUACUGGACGCUCAAGAUCAAACACCUGUGUUAAGGCAUCUUCUAAUAGCAGAUCGCUAAAACAAUGGCAAGGCAGCAGACAGCCGACAGGAACAUUCCGCAUUUGCGGGACAUUUUUGGCUUUGGCAGCAAGUGGGAGAAUACGCGAAUUCCAGCCGAAGAAAAGGCAGCUGGACACGACAGCGCCGUGUCCGUGGGCUCAACUUCUGGCGAGGAAGAGAGUCCUAAAAACAGCAAGAAGAAAAAGUCGCGUCGUCGUGACAACAGUAAAACUUUAACGGAGAGCGACGUGAAACAUUUGGAGAGACAUUUGUCUAUGAAGAAGACGAUACGUAAGAAGAUCAUGCGCGACUUGCAGCAGGCGUUCGUCGAGGAUCCAAAUGAGUUUCGAGUGGACGACAUACCUCCAGAACAGCUCAAGGCAGAAAUCAAUAUUCAGAGCUUGAGCUUUGGAACACCCUCACAGAAACAGGGACGCACGCGUGGCAAUGCGGAGAACACGUUUCUGGAUAUGUUACGUGCUGGAGGACUUGAAAAGAAUUCCACAGACGGUGACAGAGAUUCUGGGCACGGUGGCUCGCCAACGAGGGAAACUUCCAAUGCACAAGACACGGAUGAAGAGUCCAGCUAUCCAUAUGAUACACCGGUGGCAACGCCGUCAAAGAAGAGCGGCAACUUCUGGAGACGUUUCACCAUGAAGAGCCGCAACAAGCGGUAAACCAUUGGGUCGGUUCCGUCGACUCUUGAUGUACCCAAUACACUUAUUUCCAUUUCUGUAAUUGUACCAACUUAGUUAUUCGAGCAGAGCUUGCAACUGUGAUAUAUAUGUGAAAGAAAAAACCGAACUGUCCCGCGCGAAAAGCAAACAUCCUAACUUCUUUUCUUCUUACCGAUUUUAAGAAGUUUCCAGACUCGAUUGCAGGUAAAUGGACCAAGUAACAAACUCUCGUACAAAAUAAGGAUAUUCGGAUAAUCAAAAGGAACGAUUACACAUAUCAUGACAAUACUUUUAGAAAGUCCUUUUUUUGAGAACGCUUUUUGAAGAAACUUUUCACAGGAAAAUCUCUGUAAAUAAACGUAGCACUGCAUAAGAUACGGAAACUUCUUUGAGGUUUUAUAGUCCCAGAAUUUUACGAGGAACCCUUUUGUGUGUGUACUUAAAGUAAUAAUUAAGAAAUGCAGCGAACACGUGAGAAACACUUAGCAUGUAAGAGUAGCUAGUUUGAAUUUUUUUUUAGCAUUUAAGAUAAGGACGAAGAAACCCAGGUGAAAUAUGGUAAUUACAUGAGAUAAUAAUAAGUAUGCACAACUCUUUCAUCAUACCUGAACAUUGUUAGUGUUAGCUAGUCAACUGAGCAGAUUUUAUAAGAGGAUCGAUUAAACAUUCGUCCCGAAUUUGAUACUACUGUUUCUCUGUAAAUUGUUUGAUACAUUGCGUAUUUGUGGCUUUCUAAAUAUUUAGGACUAUAUAUUUUAAUACAAAGGUUGCAAUGCUAAAAAAACGAGCGUAAUCUUCUAUAAGUAUUUUCUUGGUAUUCUUAAACAAUCACGUUGAAAAACAGGGAACAUUUUUUUAUAUCGUGAGUAGUUCUUCGAUUCUCGGAAAAUCUGAAAACACGAAUAUUAUAGAGAUUUUGAAACAAAGUGUGCAUUGUAAAGUUUUAAUAUUUAUUGUAUAAGAUGUUGGUAUGAAAUUCCAUUGUUCCUACCGUUCUUGGAUACCUUUCCUGAUGCCAAUAGCAUCGAUGCUUUUACAAAAUACGAUCACCGUAAUUAUUAUUGAACAAUAAUCAUUAACUUGGUGUCAACCACGAUGACUACGUUAACUGUAAAUGUAUCAUACUCAAGGAUCAUAUAGAUGUAAAGGUAGCAACUAAAUAAAGGUUCUCUUUGAACGUUA